AAUAGCACUGAGCAAAAUGGAAGUUGUGAGAAGAUGAAUGGUGUUCAUCCCCAUGAAAUUCAAGACUGCCAUAAACGUGAAGUGCAUGGAACUGUAAUUCUAGGGAAAAAUGAGAUAUGCUGUAAUGGGUUCAGCAAAUUGGAGGCAAGCGAAAAGAAAAAUGGAGUCAUCAAGCGUGCUGUUCCUGGGUUUAAUGGAGAAAAGUGGAAUGAAGUUCAGCAAUCCAUGCAAAGCCAAUUAUCCAAAGGCACUAUUGAAAGUGGUGAAGAUGGUGAGACGAUACAAGAAAUUAAACCCCUCAUAAAUUUGGUAGACAUUGAGAAGCACAUGUACAUGGCAGUGGCUCCUGAUCCAGACAUCGUGAUCCGGAGUUCUGGGGAGACUCGUCUGAGCAACUUCCUGCUGUGGCAGACUGGCUACAGUCCCCUGUACUCUCCGGCUGCGCUAUGGCCAGAGAUCGGGCUGUGGCAUUUGGUGGGGGUGGUAUUGCACUACCAGCGAAAUUACUCGUAUCUGCAGAAGAAGAGGAAACAGUCGUAAGAUCAAAUUUCUCACACCACGCAAAAGUAGGUGACAGUUUGGUCUUUGAUGGUUCAGCUGCGAUUCUGCAU